GCCAAUCUCUCUCCGAAAAAGUUUGAGUUUUCCCGUGGUCGGACCUCCCUCUCGCUUCCAGACGAUCAUCUCUUUCGAGCCAACUUCGGCCACUUCUUCGCUAAUUUUGAGAAAAGCUCAAACAGACCUCUACCAACAAUGAGUCGCUUGCUGUUGAUUUUGUUCUCUGUGGUUGCCCUGUGUGCUGUGAUCAGCGCCGCCCCAUCCAGGCAGAAGAGGGGUUUCCGGAAUGCUGCCCUCUCCACCGCCAGGGGCUUCGGAAAACGAAUGCAACAAUCAGAAGAAAUGGGACUACAUGAAGACCUCUCCAGACCAAUGGCUUCCAACUGGUUCGCCGAACAAGUAGCCAGGAGCCCCGCUUUGGCCAAAUAUCUAGUGGAAAAGGUCAUUGAUCAGAACGGUGACGGUCUGAUACACCCCGAUGAAGUAUAUCAGAGCCUGUAACCAUGAAAUCGAAAGCCCGGAGUUGAGCAACCAAUCAUAUCCUUCACAGCAAUUUGUUUGACCUUUCCGAAGAAUCAUUUCAUAUCAAAGCCAGCCGUAACCAGAGUCGAAUUUUUUUGGAAAGUAGUCACCGAGGAAAGUUUUCACUUUUAGCUUCUCAGUUCUCUUUAGACUAAGUUGUUCAUCUCUCUCUCUCUCUAUCUUUCUGUCCUCACGAUGCAUUCUUAUUUGUCUAAAUGUAUUGUGUAUAUAAGAGAAAAAGUAAUAAAGAUGCAGUUUUUGCAUUAAAAAAACAAAGGAAAUAAAGAUUCUGCUGCAUACUGAA